AUGGCUGCGCCGCGCACCGCGUCCCCGCGCCGCCCGCCUGCGCCGCGCUGGCCCCGGCUCCUGCUAUCGCUGCUGCUGCCGCUACUGCUGCCCGCGCCAAGCGAGGGUCUUGGCCACUCUGCAGAACUGGCAUUUGCUGUGGAGCCCAGUGAUGAUGUUGCUGUCCCAGGGCAGCCUGUAGUGCUGGGCUGCAAAGUGGAGGGGACCCCUCCAGUGCGAAUAACCUGGAGGAAGAAUGGGGUGGAGCUUGCUGAGAGUACCCACUCUACCUUGCUGGCCAAUGGGUCCUUGCUGAUCCAUCACUUCAGGCUGGAGCGGGGAGGCAGCCCUUCAGAUGAGGGUGACUAUGAGUGUGUCGCUCAGAACCGCUUUGGACUGGUGGUCAGCCGGAAGGCUCGAAUCCAGGCUGCAACCAUGUCUGACUUCCACGUGCACCCCCAAGCCACCGUGGGCGAGGAGGGCGGCGUGGCACGCUUCCAGUGCCAAAUCCAUGGGUUGCCCAAGCCUCUGAUCACAUGGGAGAAGAACAGAGUCCCCAUUGACACGGACAAUGAGAGGUACACAUUGCUGCCCAAGGGAGUACUGCAGAUCACAGGACUUCGGGCCGAGGACAGUGGCGUUUUCCACUGUGUGGCUUCGAACAUUGCCAGUGUUCGGAUCAGCCAUGGGGCCAGGCUCACUGUGUCAGGCUCAGGCUCCGGGGCCUACAAGGAGCCGACCAUCCUGGUGGGGCCUGAGAACCUCACCCUGACGGUGCACCAGACCGCAGUGCUGGAGUGUGUCGCCACUGGCAACCCGCGCCCCAUUGUGUCCUGGAGCCGCCUGGAUGGCCGCCCCAUUGGGGUAGAGGGCAUCCAGGUGCUGGGCACGGGAAACCUCAUCAUCUCAGAUGUGACAGUCCAGCACUCGGGGGUCUACGUCUGUGCGGCCAAUAGGCCGGGCACCCGGGUGAGGAGAACCGCCCAGGGCCGGCUGGUGGUACAAGCCCCGGCGGAGUUUGUCCAGCAUCCCCAGUCCAUCUCCAGGCCAGCUGGAACCACAGCCAUGUUCACCUGCCAAGCCCAGGGUGAGCCGCCCCCUCAUGUCACGUGGUUGAAGAAUGGCCAAGUGCUGGGGCCAGGAGGCCAUGUCAGGCUCAAGAACAAUAACAGCACACUGACCAUUUCUGGAAUCGGUCCUGAAGAUGAGGCCAUCUACCAGUGUGUGGCCGAGAACAGUGCUGGCUCGUCACAGGCCAGUGCCAGGCUGACCGUGCUGUGGGCCGAGGGCCUGCCUGGGCCCCCUCGCAAUGUCCAGGCUGUCUCUGUGUCGUCCACUGAGGUCCGUGUGUCCUGGAGCGAGCCCAUGAUCAACACCAAGGAGAUCAUCGGCUACGUCCUGCACAUCAGGAGGGCGGCUGACCCUCCAGAACUGGAGUAUCAGGAAGCAGUCAGUAAGAGUACCUUUCAGCACCUGGUGGGCGACCUUGAGCCCUCUACAGCCUACAGCUUCUACAUCAAGGCCUACACACCAAGGGGGGCCAGCUCAGCCUCCAUGCCCACCCUGGCCAGCACCCUGGGUGAAGCUCCUGCCCCCCCGCCACUGUCCGUGCGGGUCCUGGGCAGCUCCUCCCUGCAGCUGUUGUGGGAGCCCUGGCCCCGGCUGGCCCAGCAUGAGGGUGGCUUCAAGCUCUUCUACCGCCCUGCCAGCAAGGCCUCCUUUACGGGUCCCAUCCUGCUGCCUGGAACUGUGUCCUCCUACAACCUCAGCCGGCUGGACCCCAGGGUGGUGUACGAGGUAAAGCUGCUCGCCUACAACCAGCACGGGGACAGCAACGCCACUGUCCGCUUUGUGUCUUUGAGGGGAGCGUCUGAGAGGACAGCUCUGAGCCCACCGUGCGACUGUCGGAAGGAGGAUGCUGCCAACCAGACGUCCACCACAGGCAUUGUCAUUGGCAUCCACAUCGGGGUCACCUGCAUCAUCUUCUGUGUCCUCUUCCUGCUGUUUGGUCAAAGGGGCAGGGUCCUCCUGUGUAAGGAUGUGGAAAACCAGCUCUCCCCUCCCCAGGGUCCCCGGAGCCAGAGGGACCCUGGCAUCCUGGCCCUGAAUGGGGUGGGCCGCGGAGAGCGAGGCCAGCUGGGCCGAGGUGAGAAGUGCGUGGACGCCAAGGAGCUGGAGCAGCUGUUCCCCCCAGCCGGGGUGGUGGGGCCGCCUGGCUCCAGGCCCACUGAUCCCACAGCCCCUGUCCCGUGUGAGGAGACCCAGCUCUCCACGCUGCCACUGCAGGGGUUUGGCUCUCUGGACAGGAGGGCGACAGAGGCCAAGACCCCCUGCACAGGCCCUGUGGCUGCCCCGUUGCCUCUGGACAGUGGCCCCGACCUCCUUGGAGAGGGACAGGUGACCCAGCUUUCUGAGGCACCCGCUGCCCAGCCAGCUCACUCCGGACAGUAGCCAGGGCCUGGCAGGCUCUGCAGGGGGUAGCCCCCCGUUCUCAGGUCGAAGGCAAGAGUUCUCCUGCUAUGUGGGCUUCAGGUGGCCCUGGGCUCCCCAGCACUUCUGUCCUGACUGGAGGCCGGGGUGGGCCAGGCCUAAGGGGCCUCGGCAGGGACCCCGGAGCUGGAGGGGCCCUAGGGAGCCUUCCCUCCUCAGACUGACGCCCUGGCUGCUGCCUGGUCCCCACCUGCCUGGGCACUGGGUGGCUGGCGUCCCUUAAACGGAAGCGAGAGGAAGGUGAACUAGACUCAGAGCCCCCCCCCCCCCCCGGCCGGCCACGAGCCCUGCUCCCUUGUCUUCUCAGGACCCAGUUCUGCCCUUUGGCUCAGCACCUACCUCAGCCGGAAUGAAUGUCCUCGGGGGAGUGGGGUGGUGGCCUAGUUCCUGCCCCACAGAACCCGGAUGCACCUACCUCAAGCCCCUCCCGGGCGCCCCUCCCUCCCCACGUGUUGUCUAGAGUUAAGAAAGGAAAAGAAAAAAGAAAAAAAAAAAAUGGACGUCCCCAUUUCCAGGUGUGAAAGAAAACGUCUACCUCAAGGCUCUGGCUCCGGGGCCUGUGCCCUGGACCCUCUGCCCAGCCUCUGCUUUGCCCGGCCUCUGCUCUGCCCACUGCCCUGCUGCCUCCCCCAGAGGAGGCCCGGGCCCAGUGACCCAUGGGGCCUACAGAAACGAAGAGGGAACUGGUCAGAGGGAAAAAUGUGAAAAAAGCCAAAAAUGAGAGGAAAUGGAUUCCUCGAAAUGUAAAUCCUUGUCCCAAACUAGCCACCUCCCAGCAGCUGCCAUCGCCUGCCUCCUGCCCACGCACUGUUACCCUCUUGGCACACCUGUCCCCCCAUCGGGAUCCCCAUGACCCUCUCCACCUGGGCCUGGGGAGGUGGAACGUCACCCAUAGCCACAGCCUGUGUCCUGUCCUUCCUCCUGGGGCAGCCUGGCCCCCGAAGGUGCAGUGCGUGUGGUGGGGGGGGGGGGGCGUCCCUGGCCAGGUCCCCAGCCCUCGGUGUGGCAGGCCAGCGGCUGACCCUCUGGGGCCCUGGACACCCUCUGUCAGCAGAUGUGGCUGGGAGGUGUUUUGAUGGAGAUGUGUUAAGGGCCCUUGUGACUUUUCCUUUCUGUUGUGAACUACUUAGGUGAAGAAGAAGAAAAACCAAGGAAACAAAUACCUAUUUUUGGUUACACUCAGAAACAUUUUUUUAAAUAGAAGAACUUUUUUUAAAAAUAAAUAAAAGAUACGUGUAUUCCUGAAGAAUGAGACUAGAACCUAAAGUCCUUUGACCCCCACCCUCUAGGGACACCCCACCCUGAAAUUUAGUUCAUUAGCCGAAGAAGGUAGAAUUUGUGGUGUUUUCCUAGGAAACUAGAGUAGUGUCCUGUGGACUGGGGAAGGGUGGUCCUCCCUCCCCAGGGAGGGAGAGGGCAGUGCCAGACCCCGGGGCCCUGAGGCAGUCCCCUGUCUGCGCAGAGACUUCCUUCUGGAGCCCACUCUCCCUUGGGGAGGGUGGAGCUGGGCCACCUGGCCUGACUUGGGUUUUGUCACACACUACUCAUUUUGACUGAAUAAAAGUCCUGUUGCCAAAGUGAA